UAAUUUACCAAAAUAUAUCAACAGACAAGAAAUAAGGGGCAGGAAGAACAGGAGAGCCAGAAGAGUUUGGGGAAAAGCAUGUCAAAGUCAGACGCAGUGGCGAAUGGGCUAGCGGGAGCAGGUGGUGGUAUUAUUGCGCAGAUAAUCACUUAUCCCCUGCAAACGGUAAAUACGCGCCAGCAAACCGAAAGACGGGCCAAGAAGAAGAAGAAUGAAGGCUCCCUUGAUUCUGCACCUGGAACGCUUCUUCAAAUCUUUCAGGUCAUUAAAACCGAAGGUUGGGGUGGACUUUAUAGCGGCCUUAAGCCCUCUCUGUUUGGAACUGCUGCUUCUCAGGGCAUUUAUUACUACUUUUAUCAAGUUUUCAAGAACAAGGCUGAGGCCAUAGCAGCUUCUCGUAAAGCCAAAGGUCGGGGAGAUGGUACCGUUGGCAUGUUUUCUUGGCUUGUUGUGGCUGCUAUGGCCGGGUCAUUGAAUGUAUUGCUGACAAACCCGAUAUGGGUUCUUGUGACUCGUAUGCAGACACAUACUCAAGCAGAAAAAAAAAUUAUGGAGAGAAAGAAAGAAGUUUUAAUCAGGGAAGCUUCUGAGAGUGGCUUACAAGGUUCAGCUUUACAGGACAAAUUGGCUGAACUUGAUUCAAUAAAACCUCGUCCUUAUGGGACUUUACAUGCGGCAUGUGAAGUUUAUAAUGAAGCUGGAAUUAGUGGAUUUUGGAAAGGCAUCAUUCCUACACUUAUUAUGGUGUGUAAUCCAUCCAUCCAAUUUAUGAUUUAUGAGACAUCGUUAAAGCAUCUAAGGGCAAAACGUUCUGCUAGCAAGCAGGGGUAUAAAAACGUAACUGCUUUAGAGGUUUUCUUACUAGGAGCCUUGGCAAAAUUGGGAGCAACUGUCUCAACAUACCCCCUGUUGGUUGUCAAGUCAAGGCUUCAAGCAAAACAGGAGAUUGGUGGAAAUAAUUCACUGAGAUACUCAGGUACGCUUGAUGCAGUAAUUAAAAUGAUUCGUUUUGAAGGGGUGCCUGGUUUUUAUAAAGGGAUGGGCACAAAAAUAGUACAGAGUGUUUUUGCAGCUUCUGUACUUUUCAUGGUUAAGGAGGAACUUGUUAAGGCUUACAUGGUGCUGGCAGACAAGAGCACGAAAGUUUUAUUAAAUUUGAGUAAUUAACUUCAUUAUCAUUUAUGAGGGACAAAUCUACGUUUGUGGUUAUCCUAUUUGCUCAUUAUUUAUGGAUCAUGACAUAUAAUGAUAUGGGUAUUUGAUGAGGGUUAAAGUUGGCUGUUGGGACCAUAGGCCUUGAUAAUCAUCUUUCAGGAUGUUAUACGAUAGACCAGUCGAAGGUUAGGAUUUGGCUUAUGAUUAUGAAAUUAUGCAAAUAAUUUCUUGAGAAUGUUGCCUUAUUGGUGUUCAAGAUUCAGGGACAAUCCAAUUCUCAGAUAAGAGAAGUGGCUUCAUCUUCAGAAUCAGCCUUGAUUGUUUCCCUCAAAUGUCAUGGUCUUUUUGUUUUGAAAGCUGCACCAUGUCCUUGUGCAUUUUAGGAAGCAUCGCUACUAAUAACCAAGGAGAAGAACAGCACUCGAAAGUACUUUUGUGUGCAUAGAUUUUGGGAACAAGGAAAGUGAAAGGUGCAAUCUUCCUUUGUAUCUUUUUUUUUUCUUCAAAUGUUUGUUUGUGUAAUGGAAUAUUGUAACUUAUCCGAUUAGUACUAGAGGUCAGUAUUUAUUUCUCC